GACUCUCGUAGUGCUGCCCGCCCUGCCACAGUCUCUUACGUAAUGACUGCAUGACUCUGGCUUUCCUGGGACCUCAUUAUGCAAAAAAAAAGUUAAAAAAUAAAAAUAAAAAAAAAAAAAGAUAAGAGAAGAAAAGAUUCUCAUCGACCCAUUGACAUGUUUGUCAGGACAGGGCUCUCACCAGCAAGGAAGCUCUGAGGCAGAAGAGCAGCUCAUCACCCCUUGCCUUGCACAGUGCUGUUGGUCAGGAGCCAAUGCAGUCUGAAUCUGAGUGACCCAUGAGGCAUUGGGAGCAAGAGGUGGACAGGGAGAAGACAAACUACUUUGCCCGAUGUAGCUGAUGAGUUUGCACAGUGAAAAAGCCACCUGUUCAUCUUUGACUCAUUCAACAAAGAAGUCACGUCAAAAACUAACUUGAAAAAUUCCUGAACUGAGCUGCAUCGACAGCCAUGGACAACUUCAUGACACCGCUGAGCACCAUCGGCGACCUCACACUUCAGCACAGCAAUGCAAAGUUCCUGCACAGCAGAGUGAGCGGACCCUCCCGACGUAAGCGGGAGUUCAUGCCGGACGAGAAGAAGGACAACAUGUACUGGGAGAAGAGACGCAAGAACAACGAGGCGGCCAAGCGCUCGCGGGAGAAGAGGCGCCUCAAUGACUUCGCCAUGGAGAGCCAGCUGGCCGCGCUCAGCGAGGAGAAUGCCAUCCUCAGGACGGAGCUGCUGGCCCUCAAACUGCGCUUUGGGCUCAUCAGCCCCGAUGCCAGCACCCACCAGGGCCGCUCCUUGCAGGACUUCCUGGGGAUUUAUUUCCGAGGGCACAAAGCGCUCUCGCCGUUCCCUGAAGCAGAGCCCUUUGCUGGGGAUUCCAGCCUCUCCGCGAAGAGCUUUGUGCCGAAGGUGCUGGAGCCGGCUGGCUUUUCGUGCAAAACCUUUAACCCAUCUAGAAACUUCCUCAGCUGUGACUCGAAGCCAGUUCCUAUGGACACACCUGGCCUUCACCAGCCAAAGAGGCUCGAUUCAGCCUUCAGAUCCACAGUUUGCUCUCCUUUCCUCGAUUCCCACUGCCCAGACAGAUAUGCGUUCCGUUUGCCUUUCUCAGGUGGUGCCUGCUUCCCGUCCCCUUGUACCGGUCUGGCGGAGGUGAGCAAGGAGAGCACCACCACUGUCUCAGAUGAAGAUGAUGAGCAGCAAGUGCCCAAAACUUCUCCUCCACCCCCAUGUAGCUUGCCCUACCCUUCAGAAGAUCAUCCAAAGGGCCGAAGCUCUUCAGCUCUGCCUCACAAACUCCGGAUUAAGACCAAAGCCCUCGGAGGACAGUGACCAUGGCUCUCUCUGCAGGAGGAGAGACACAGCCUCUCUGGGAGCAGACACAAUAUAUUCCAAUGACACGAAGGGUUUGGAAAGAGGGGUGGGAGGGAAAUGUCUUUAAAGAGGGAAGUAAUUUUCUCUCUUUUGCAUAAAUGCUGAGGGAGGUUAUAGGGCUGGACUGCAUCACUACAGCACAACUGCAGUUGGCCAUGAAGUUAAUCUUGCUGUGAGGGACCCGCCAGACCCCAUGGCUGCUGGUAAGCCUCAGUUUCACCUGGUUGCUCUGCUCACCAACCAAACUAAAACUUCAUAGAAUCACAGAAUGAUAGAAUGGGUUGGAGGGGACCUUAAAGAUCAUCUAGUUCCAAGACCUAGCCGUGGGCUGGGCGCCCCUCACCAGAUCAGGCUGCCCAGGAUCCCAUCCAGUACUGAAGUGUGAAGGGACGAGGGGCAGGAAGAGGCAAAGACAGUGGAGGUGGUGUCCACACCAUGGAACACAAUAGUGGCCCCACACCACUACUACAGCUGCUGGGUGUGACCACCAUUUUAAUUCUCUUUGCUUUGUCAUCACCUCCAUCUUCACAAAAAGGGCUGAGAAUCUAAUUGUUUAACACUGGGAAUUGUGGAUGGAAAGAGUUUCAUACCCUCCAGCUGUCUGGAGCAAGAAAAAGGAAUAGCAAUAAGAAGGCAGCAGAUUCACACUGGCAUGAACUGGGAGCAGAACCUGGUCCAUUUUGUUCUCACUUUGUCAUAAUUUAUCUUCAGAGAGGAUGAACUCUUUUUCUCUUUAACCAGAGACAAUGUGGUCCAGAAGAUACAGUUAUUUCCAUUUAUCUUCAUAACAGUUGUUUUGGAGGAUUUCUUUUUUUUUUUUUUUUUACUGAAGUAUGAAACAUAUCUUUGUCUUACUUCUUUGUAAAUAAGGCAUUUUCAGAAAUGAUACUUCCGUAUUUGAAAAUUGCUUUUAUAAAACAUUCUCUUCACUUUUGCUGUGUUGGCUGAUCCAUUUUCUUAUUUCAAAAUUAAUUACUUACAAAAUAAAACCGCUACAUGGCGCGCU